CGCUGAGCCUCAGCUGAGCUCUGCUUGCUGAACUAAUACAAUUACAGCCAGCCAAAGGAGAGGAGCACAAAAGAACUCUCUCUCCCUCUCUCUCUCCCUCUCUUGCCUUCUCCCAGCUUCUCUGUAGUCUGCCUCCUGUUUGUUCUGUUAGCCUCACACACACACACAAGCACACACACGCACACAUACACUCUGUCUCUUAGUCAUUCAGACAUACACAUACACACACACACACGCACUCACACAUCCUCCCUCCCUUGUCAAAUUGAACUGCUCAUCAGCAGAUAGACUAAGCAUCGUGGUUUCUGUCUUUGACCGGCAAGAAGGAUCAGUUUGCACAGCUUCUCUUGAGGUCCCAGGAUUCUCGAGCUGUGCCCAGCUGACAAGCUUUUGAAGAUGGCACAAUAACAGUCCAGUGAUGCCUGACCAUGACAGCGCAGCUCUCUUAAGCAGGCAGACCAAAAGAAGAAGAGUUGACAUUGGAGUGAAAAGGACUGUAGGGACAGCAUCUGCAUUUUUUGCUAAAGCAAGAGCUGCAUUUCACAGUGCCAUGAAUCCCCAAGGUUCCGAGCAGGAUGUUGAGUAUUCAGUGGUCCAGCAUGCAGAUGGGGAAAAGUCAAAUGUACUCCGCAAGCUGCUGAAGAGAGCGAACUCCUACGAAGAUGCCAUGAUGCCUUUUCCAGGAGCGACCAUCAUUUCCCAGCUGUUGAAAAAUAACAUGAACAAAAAUGGUGGCAUUGAGCCUGGUUUUCCAGCCAGUGGGCUCUCCAGCACAGGCUCCGAGAUACAUCAGGAGGAUGUAUGCAGCAACUCUUCAAGAGACAGCCCCCAAGAGUGUCUUUCUCCUUUUGGCAGGCCCACAUUGAGCCAGUUAGAAAUGGAACGGUUGUGUGAUGAACACCUGAGAGCAAAGCGUGCCCGGGUUGAAAAUAUAAUUAGAGGUAUGAGCCAUUCCCCAAAUUUGGCCAUGAGGGGCAAUGAAAAUGAAAGAGAGGGAGCCCCUCGGUCCAUAAGCCCCCGAGAAAGCUAUCGGGAGAACAAGCGCAAACAAAAACUGCCUCAGCAGCAGCAACAGAGUUUCCAGCAGCUGGUUUCAGCUCGAAAAGAGCAGAAGCGAGAGGAACGUAGACAGCUGAAACAGCAGCUGGAGGACAUGCAAAAACAGCUGCGCCAGCUGCAGGAGAAGUUCUACCAGAUCUACGAUAGCACUGAUUCUGAAAAUAAUGAAGAUGGCAAUAUUUCCGAAGAUAGCAUGAAUUCUGAACUAAUCGAUGCUAGGGCCCGGGAUUCUGUGGGCAGGUCAGAUAGUGAAAUGUUUGACUUAGAUGCUGCACAGUUCAUUGAUCGUGCCCGAGCCCUUAUCAGGGAGCAUGACAUGGCACCAGAUAAUCAACCCAAAAGAGAGGGACCUAAAGACAAAGAUCAUUUUCAUAGCACUUUCCAUCCUGAAGGUAAACACUUGGCAGAAACACUAAAACAAGAACUGAACACAGCCAUGUCCCAAGUAGUGGACACUGUGGUCAAAGUGUUUUCGGCCAAACCUAUACGCCAACUUCCUCAGGUCUUCCCACCCCUCCAAAUGCCUCAGGCUAGAUUUGCAAUGAGUGGAGAAAACCACAACUUUCAUACUACCAACCAACGUCUGCAGUGCUUUGGCGAUGUCAUCAUUCCAAACCCCCUGGACACAUUUGGCAACGUUCCUAUGCCUAGUUCCAAUGACCAAACUGAAGCUCUGCCUUUAGUUGUCCGAAAAAAUUCAAAUGAGCAGGCUGCUGCUGGGCCUCCACCUGGUAGUCACCAUCCUUCAUUACACCAGUCCCCUCUAUCAGCUGCUGCCAGCUUCUCAUCCUCUUCUUUCCGCCACCCAUUCCCUCUUCCGCUUAUGGCUUACCCAUUUCAAAACCCUUUGGGUGCCCCAUCAUCAGCCUUUCAAGGAAAAGACAGGUCAUCCCCAGAGUCCCUAGACUUGACUAGGGAGACGACCAGUUUGAGGACCAAGAUGUCAUCCCACCACAUGAACCACCACCCUUGCUCUCCAGCCCAUCCACCCAGCUCAACAGAUGGGCUUUCCUUAUCCUUCAUCAAAUCGGAGUGUGGAGACAUGCAAGAUAUGUCUGACAUUUCACCUUACUCGGGAACACAAUUCUACAUGCAGGAAGGUCUGUCUCCUAAUCAUUUGAAAAAGGCCAAGCUUAUGUUUUUCUACACACGCUACCCCAGUUCCAACAUGCUGAAAACCUACUUCUCCGAUGUGAAGUUCAACAGGUGCAUUACCUCCCAGCUCAUCAAGUGGUUCAGCAACUUUCGAGAGUUCUACUACAUCCAAAUGGAGAAGUAUGCCAGGCAAUCCAUUAAUGAUGGGGUGACCAGCACUGAUGAACUGUCCAUCACUCGGGACUGUGAACUCUACCGAGCCCUCAACAUGCACUACAACAAAGCCAAUGACUUUGAGGUUCCGGAGAGAUUCCUGGAAGUGGCUCAGAUCACAUUACGAGAGUUUUUCAAUGCCAUUAUCGCAGGCAAAGACGUUGAUCCUUCCUGGAAGAAGGCCAUCUACAAGGUCAUCUGCAAACUGGACAGCGAGGUCCCUGACAUCUUUCGCUCCCCAAACUGCCUACAGGAGCUUCUCCACGAAUGAAAAAAAAAGAAAUCCAUGGCUGGUUCUGAAUGUACAAAAGUGACUUUGUACCCCCCCACCCACCCUUCUCUUUUUCCGAGAACGCCCCCCCCAUUUCAGCGUGCGUGUGAGUGAUUUAAGCUGUGCAUCUGCAAUACCCCGACAUAUAAACUCUGUAUUGAAUUUUAUUUAUAUUCUUUAUUAAUUAUAAGCAUGGGGCUAGCUGUUAUAUGUCACCCCCCUUCACUAAAUGAUUCAUGGAGCUCUCUGUUAGAGUAUAGAGAGAAGAGAUUGACAUGUAUAUAGCAUUUUAGUUCAUUUUAACCUGAUACGUGAAAGAUUAUUAUAUGUAUGCGUUGUUAUUUUUGUCAGUCUGUGGUUUUCAGAUCUGCUUUUACUUCAUUUUUUUUCAGGAAGGAAAAAAAUGCCAGUAUGGCAAGUUUAUGGUGGAGGUCAUGAUAAAGUGUACCUGUCAUUCACACACUAUGUGGAGGUCAUUUUGUAGUAGGAAAUAUUGUUUUUCGAUGCACUAAGUAGCACCAUUGAGGUAUCUAUCUUUUUAUGCCUCAUGUCUAUAAUGUUAGAAGUUCCGAGUGAACUGAUAUAUUACAUAUGGAGGCCCACUUCAUAAGUGAAGGAAGUAAUGUGAGGUAACUCUUAACAUCCAGUCAGAUUUCAGCUGACAAUAUUCUGGUUGUUAAAGUAUAACUAAAGGCAAAACUAUUUUUUAAUGUUGUAUGUAGUGGAGAGGGAUAAAAAAAAUGAGUCAGGUGAUUUUGCUGUCUGUGUUCCCGUUAGAGAGAGAUUCACCCUCUCUAUUUGUCAUGUUUACCCUCAUCAUCGAAAGUGAAAACAACCGAAAAUCACAAAUUUUGAGUUAUCCCCAGAACAGGAAUAGAGGAGAAACCUUUUAAUGGGAACACUAGUUGUUAUGACCCUGGUGGUACCUCAGUAUUCCCUGACUUUGGAGGGUUUUUCUCACACUUCCUGUUUUAGCUAAGGGACAGGAAGUGAAGGGAGAUCUCCCUAAUGGAACACAUACAGUAUUGCAAAAAAAAAAAAAAAACUGACACGGGUUAUAACCCUCCCUUACUCUAUUCAAAAUGGAAAAAAAAUGUUGCCUUAAGUUCUGCUUUAAGGGUUAUCCUUUUCUAAAGUUAAUUUUUUCAGCUCUAAAAAUGGCCGACUCCACUGUGUGAGCAUUGUUUACACUUUUAUCUAGACAUUCCUGAAUUUAGCCAAUGUGAGGAAUCAAGUUCACCCCUUUUUAUAUUAUUCAGGGAUAGUCAGAA